AUGUUUGUGAAAAUCAGUUAUUCAUUGCUGAAGAAGCAAAUUUUUAGACGAAGUGAUAAAUUACCACAAUCAAGACCUUCGAUGGGUUGCAUCCGUGAACGACAAUUUUCAACGGAUUCUGUGAGUUCAAAAGGUGCCCCACAUAUUGAUGAUGCGAUUUUUGAUCUCUAUAAGAAUACGGAAACCGAAACAUUAUCAUCAUCUGGUUUAUUGAAGUUACUUUAUGAAACUGGAAUUAGACGUGAUGAUCCACGUUUAGCCAACUUUUUACAUGCAAUACGACAUGACGAACGAAAGCAGUCUGUUCCAGAUAUGACACCCACUGAAGUGAUUAAUGAAAACUUGGAUCGAGAAAGUUUCAAAAGAUAUGUCGGUGAUGCUAUCGGUAUCAUUGCCAAAGCAUUGAAAAAACAGCUCGUAAUUCCCGAUUGGCCAGCAUUUAUUGCAGUUACUGGUGAAAUUUUCGAAUCAUGCCGUAAUUUCAAUGAUGGAAAUGUAGCAACGUACAUUCCGCAACUGGCUAGAUCGGAUCCGAAACAUUGGGCCAUGUCGGUUUGUACCGUUGAUGGACAGCGUCGAUCAUGGGGUGCCACGCAGGUACCAUUCUGCUUGCAGAGUGUAUCAAAGCCUUUCACCUAUGCUAUUGCUAUGGAUGAACUUGGUGCAGAAGAGGUACAUAGAUAUAUUGGCCAAGAGCCAUCGGGUCGAUUAUUCAAUGAAAUUUGCCUAGAUCAUAACCAUAAACCACAUAAUCCAAUGAUCAAUGCUGGAGCUAUAUUAGUAGCAUCGUUGCUUAAACGGUCGAACUCUCUUGCCGAUCGUUUUGAUUUUGCGUUACAGUAUUUCAAACGGUUUGCUGCCGGAGGUUUCGUUGGCUUCAAUAAUGCCGUCUUUCUGUCUGAACGUGAAACGGCUGAUCGAAAUUAUGCGCUAUCGUACUAUAUGCGUGAACAUAAGUGCUUCCCGCCGAAGACUAGUUUACAAGUAAAUCCAGAUUACUGA